GCUUCUCCGGGGAAAGUUCCAUCUAGACAACCAAGCUUUUCAGCUGGAACCAGCCCCCUAAAGCCCCCAAAGUGGUCCGGAUCAGAGCCGGGGCUGAAGGGUCCGGACCGGAUCAGAGUCUUGGCCUGGACGCAUCCACACGCAGAAAAGCUGCAGAAAGUCCCGACUUCCUUCCUCCCGUCCUCCCCGUCCCGUCCUGCUGCGUGUGCAGCUUUCCCGUCCAGCAGCGGAUGUUUCCAUCACGAGUGCGCGGGUCGUCGUGCCAGAGGCUGAAACCAGAGCUGCAGAGACGGACCCCCAGCUGCAGAACAACCCGCAGGCUGAGGUGCAGCGAGGUGCAGCGUUGCCACCAUGUCUCGGUACCUGAAACACUUCACCACGGUGGGGGAGAAGCAGCCGCCCCAGUGGGAGGACGAGGAGCUGCACGUGGCCAGUGAGGAGCUGGGCCCGGCUACGGGCCAGUUCCCCACAACGCUCACCUUCAGGGACUCGCUGAGACGGCUGUACGGCUCUGACCGCUUCCAGGUGGUGGUGGUUUUUCUGAUAAUCCUGGACGCCUUCUUUGUUCUGGCCGAGCUGCUUAUAGAUCUGUCCGUCAUCAAGCUGGAACACGGACACAUCGCUCCCGAGGUGUUUCACUACUUAAGUCUGGCGCUCCUCACCUUCUUCAUGAUCGAGCUGGCUGGGAAGCUGUUUGCGUAUCGUCUGGAGUUCUUCGAGCACAAGUUUGAGGUGUUUGACGCUGUGGUGGUGGUGGUUUCCUUCGUCCUGGACGUGGUGUUCAUCUUCCACGAGGAUGCCUUCGAUGGGAUGGGCCUGCUCAUCCUGCUGAGACUGUGGAGGGUGGCCCGGAUCAUCAACGGAAUCCUGGUGUCGGUGAAGACUCGUGCUCACCAGAAGAUCCACAAGCUGAAGGAGAGCUACGACCACCUGGUGGAGAGAGCCACGGAGCUGCAGAAACGCAGCGACGAACUGGAACAAGAGAACCAGAAACUGAAAGCCCUCUUGAAGAAGCACAACAUAGACUUUUAAUCACCAUGGCAACUGCUAACCAUCGUUCACUGUUAUUCCAUUCUUGUACUUAUUCCAUGGGUUUCUUUAAUCAGCCAUCUACUCUGUUAUUUUACCUGUAAAUUCAGUGAAGCUGCAGCACUAAAUUGCACCUACUUACUAUUUAAUAAAUAACUGUAGUGGAAUAAUCUUUUCUAGAAUUUUACAUAUUUGUAAUCCCGAUUUUUUUUUUUUUUUUUUUUUUUUUUUUCCCCCCCCGCAUUUUAUCACCCAGUGCUCCUACCUAAGUCAGUUCUUCUUAACCUGAGGAGUGAGCAGGACACUUCUUUUUUUUUUUUUUUUACAGGAUAUUCUAGAUUUUUAUUAGAUGAUCCAUAUUCAGGUCAUUCUUUUGAAAUAGCUCAAUUCAUUGAGUUAAGUAAGGAUUAAUGCCCGACGAGGUGGCCAUUAAAAUAAAUAUAUGGACGACACAGGGGUGUGAACCGUCCGGUUUGCCUCCGCCAAGUUUUAUACCACGGUCACUUAACAAAAAACACAAAUAUUAAAUCAGUUAUUCAUGCUUUAAUGUGUUUUCAGUGUAAAUCAUUAGUUUUAUAACCAGCCACAGCUGAGCAGCUGAGCGACUAUUUAAUCUCUCGUCUGCAGCCGUUGGAACCUGGUAAGUUAUAAUAAUAAUAAUAAAACUUUAUUUGUAUAGCACAUUUCAUACAAGAAUUGUAGCUCAAAGUGCUUUACAUCAAUAAUAAGGCAAACAGCAAGUGCAGUUUAAAUAAAGAGAAAGGUAUAAAAUAACAAGUUACAAAGUUUUUUAACAAGCCAUAACUCAGUUUCCUUGGUAACACCUGAGGGUCUGACUAAUACCUGGAACAAUCACUACCGUCCCAUAAGCUCCUUAAUGGACACAGUGUUGAUUCUCCAGGAACUGGACGGACCUGAGAUACGACUCAGACCCCGUCCACACGUAGCCGGGUAUUUUUAAAAACGAAUAUUUCCCCCCUCCGUUUAUAAAAAAAUUUGCAUCCACACGUAACCGAAGAUCUGCGUUUUCGACCACAUUCAUAAGCAUUCUAACCUGUAGAUAAUCUGCGGCUCCCGGGGAAGCUCCGCGGGCUCCGCGGCUCCGCCGCUCCGGGGCUCCGGGGGGCUCGGCGGGGCUCGGCGGAGGUUCAGCCUCCGCGGCUCCGCGGAGCCCUCUGUGUCGGUGUAACGCAGUAAGCGGCCGGUCAAGAGCAGAGACCAUUUAUUUAAUAAAUGGCUUGGAGAACAGAUGCUGGAUCAUCUGUAUUUCUAUAGUAAACAAAAGUCGCACGUCAGAGCAGAUUUGUUGUUGUUUUGGCGCAUAAUGUGACGUUCGAAAACGCAAAACUCCGGUUAUGUGUGUCCACACGCAUCUACAUAAACGGAGUUUUCAAAAAUCUUCACUUUGCCCGGAGUUUUUUUAAACCUUCGUUUAUUUGCGUUUUCGUGUGGAUGACAGGUCCAAACGUAGGAAAAUAUCUCCGGUUUAGCAGAUAUCCGCAGAUAUCCGACUACGUGUGGACGGGGUCUCAGUAACGGGAGAUAUUCUAGUCAGUUUCCAUGGCAACAGGAGAUAUUCUAGUCCGCUCAGCUCCACUCGGCUAUGCUGCAGUAACAAACAGGAAAUAUAUUUGUUUCAAACAAUCAAGUCCACAGAUAGUUUCCUAAAUCCUUUUAUUAAGCUACAUAUAUGAGAUGUAUAUAUUAAGAUUUGCCGGACUUCUGCUCUUUACCGUCCUGUCCGGCUCUUCUCUGAAUCUCCGUUGCCAUGGUUACCACCUGGCAGUUGAUCCAGCGCAAUGAUAUUAAAGUUAUCAGGGAAUUUGACCAAACUUGUUUUCUAGGUGUAGGUUAUCACUUUUAAUGUACUCCUGCCAGCCAAUCAGAAUGGAGUAUUCACACAGACCUUGGUAUAAUAGAAAAUAUAUAGAUGCAGUUUAUCAGUCCAUUAGGUCUAAAGGAGUCUUGUAGGAGUCCUUUACUAGACCUAAUGGACUCCUGUAGGAGUCUUGUACAGCCAUGAAACCUCACACAGAAAUAUAGAUGUAUUUGCUUAAAUAAAAGAUUUCAACAUGUGACAGGAGGAGGACUGAUUUAUUUUAUUAA